AUGUCAUCAUCAAAUUCAGUCUGGUUUGAAACCAGUUUAGAAAAUAAAUAUGCAAUUGCAAUCCACAACUUCCAUAACAUGAAGGCUGAAUGUUUGGCAUUUGAUGUUGGAGAUAGUUUGCAUUUGAUAUAUGAAACAAAAGAAUGGUUUUAUGGGAACUGUGCCAGAAAUAACUUUAGAAAAGGUAUCAUUCCAAAGUCGUAUGUGAAAGUUAAAGAUGCAAUCAAUGUGCAAGGGUGCUUUUAUCCUAAAGAAUCUCCUCUAGUCAGAGAAAUAACAUCGGUGCUGAAGGAGUGGGGAUGUCUGUGGAAGGAUUUGUAUCUUAAAUCCAUAGGCACCGAAAACAAAAGUGAUGUCGAGAAGCUGCGUAAGACCAUGCUUGAAUUGAUGGACUUUCGAAGAAUUAUUCUCUCCAGUAAACUCACCGUGGAUGAGAUGAAGGAUAACCAACAAAAAGUUACUCAAAAGAUUGACAUUGGCAAUGCGAGGUUAAAGUUGGAUCUUGUGGUAAGAGAUGAUCAGGGAAAUGUUAUUGACCCUCUGCGGACAAGCACGAUCAACCUGUUCAAAUUGUUUUUCAGCUGGAUCAGCAAUACUCUCAAAAAAUGUUACAUACAAUAUGAUAAAAGAUUUAAGGGUUAG